AUGUCCAAGACAUUCACCGUCAGCGACGUCGCCACGCACAACAAGGCCGACAACCUCUACAUCAUUGUCGACGGCGACGUCUACGAUGUCACCAAGUUCCAGGAUGACCACCCGGGCGGCAAGAAGAUCCUGCAGCGCGUCGGUGGCAAGGACGCUUCUAAGCAGUUCUGGAAGUACCACAACGAGGGCAUCCUGAAGAAGUGGCACGGCCGCCUGCACGUCGGCUCCCUCGACACCAAGCCCAAGCCCAAGCCCGCGCCGGAGCCCGUCGCGGAGCCGUCCCCCAAGACGGUCGCCGCCACCCAGAAGGAGGUGUCGCGCGCCGGCCACGAGGAGGAAAACGCCGACGCCCUCGAGCCCUUUGGCGCCCAGAUCCCCUUUGGCGACCCCGGCUGGUACCAGGGCCAGCACUCGCCCUACUUCAACGAGACGCACGCGGCCCUGCGCGCCGAGGUGCGCGAGUGGGUGGACAAUGAGCUCGAGCCCAACGUCACCGAGUGGGAUGAGGCCAAGCGCGUGCCCGAGGAGGUGUACAAGGAGAUGGGCCGCCGCGGCUACCUCGCCGGCCUGCUGGGCGUCAAGUACCCGACCGAGUACGCCAGCGGCGUCAAGUCGGUCGCGCCCGAGAAGUGGGAUCUCUUCCACGAGAUGCUGCUGACCGACGAGCUGUGCCGCACCGGCUCCGGCGGCUUCAUCUGGAACCUGAUUGGCGGCUACGGCAUCGGCGCGCCGCCCGUCAUGAAGUUUGGCCAGCAGGCCCUCAAGGACCGCGUCCUGCCGGGUCUUCUGAGCGGCGACAAGCGCAUCUGCCUCGCCAUCACCGAGCCCGACGCCGGCUCCGACGUCGCCAACCUGACGUGCGAGGCCAAGCUCAGCGAGGACGGCAAGCACUUCAUCGUCAACGGCGAGAAGAAGUGGAUCACCAACGGCAUCUGGGCCGACUACUUCACGACGGCGGUGCGCACGGGCGGGCCCGGCAUGAACGGCGUCUCGCUGCUGCUGAUUGAGCGCACCGAGGGCGUCAGCACGCGCCGCAUGGACUGCCAGGGCGUGUGGUCCUCGGGCACGACGUACGUGACCUUUGAGGACGUCAAGGUGCCCGUCGAGAACCUGCUCGGCAAGCAGAACCAGGGCUUCCGCGUCAUCAUGUCCAACUUUAACCACGAGCGCAUCGGCAUCAUCAUCCAGUCGCUGCGCUUCUCGCGCGUGCUCUUCGAGGAGUCGGUCAAGUACGCCAAUAAGCGACGCACCUUUGGCAAGAAGCUCAUCGACCACCCCGUCAUCCGCAUGAAGCUCGCCCACAUGGCCCGCCAGGUCGAGGCCUCGUACAACUGGCUCGAGAACGUCGUCUACCAGUGCGAGCGCAUGCCCGACACCGAGGCCAUGCUGCGCCUCGGCGGGCCCAUUGCCGGCCUCAAGGCCCAGUCGACGCUGACCUUCGAGUUUUGCGCCCGCGAGGCGAGCCAGAUCUUUGGCGGUCUGUCGUACUCGCGCGGCGGCCAGGGCGCCAAGGUCGAGCGCCUGUACCGCGACGUCCGCGCUUAUGCCAUUCCCGGUGGCAGCGAGGAGAUUAUGCUGGAUCUCAGCAUGAGGCAGAGCAUGCGUGUGGCCAAGGCCAUGGGCAUGAAGCUGUAA